CUAUAAGGUGUCAGGACGUGGCGGUGUAUUUCUCCAUGGAGGAGUGGGAGUAUGUAGAAGGACACAAGGAUCAGUACAAGGAUCAGGUCAUGAUGGAGGAUCAGCAGCCCCUCACAUCACCAGUCAGAUCCAGUAAGAGAACAGCACCAGAGAGGUGUCCCCGUCCUCUUCUUCCACAGGAUGAUCAGGGAGAAUAUCCGAACAAUAUUAAUGCUCCAAAGACAGAUGUGAGCGGUGAUGAGCAGUAUAAGGAGGACAUUCCUACAGGGAAAGAUCUGAUCUAUAUUAAUGCUAACAACAUAAGGGAAGAAGAAGAAGAGACAGAUGUGAGCGGUGAUGAGCAGUAUAAGGAGGACAUUCAUACAGGGAAAGAUAUGAUUUAUAUUAAUGCUACAGACAUAAAGGAAGAAGAAGAGACAGAUGUAAGCUGUGAUGAGCAGUAUAAGGAGGACAUUCAUACAGGGAAUGAUCUGAUCUGUAGUAAUAUAACAGACUUAAGGAAAGAAGAAGAGACAGAUGUGAGCAGUGAUGAGCGGUAUAAGGAGGACAUUCCUACAGGUAACCAACCAGAUUCUUGUUCCAGGAGAUCAGAGGAGAAUCUUAUAUCUUCAGAUUAUAAAGCAGAUGAUGAUAUCACACAAGAUACAUAUGAAGAACAUUCCAUUAUCCCAGAUACACCCUCAGCCCUUCACAGCCAAGAUCUGUCAUCUCAUCCUUAUAUACAGGUCCUGUCUUCUCAUUCAUCACAGGAUGUUCAGCAAAAUAAAGGUCACAGAAGGAAUGAUGGACCUCAACGAGCUCAUACAGGAAAGAAACCAUAUUCAUGCUCAGAAUGUGGGAAAUGUUUUACUUUUAAAUCAGGUAUUGUUACACAUCAGAGAUAUCACACAGAAGAGAAGCCAUUUUCAUGUUCAGAAUGUGGAAAAUGUUUUGAUAAGAAAUCACAUCUUGUUCAACAUCACAGAACUCACACAGGGGAGAAGCCAUUUUUAUGUUCGGAAUGUGGGAAAUGUUUUACUCAGCAAUCACAUCUUGUUACACAUCAGCGAUAUCACACAGGAGAGAAGCCAUUUUCAUGUUCAGAAUGUGGAAAAUGUUUUAUUAAUAAAUCAGAUCUUGUAGUACAUCACAGAACUCACACAAGAAAGAAGCCCUUUUCAUGUUCAGAAUGUGGAAAAUGUUUUACUACGAAAUCAAAUCUUGUUGGACAUCACAGAACUCACACAGGGGAGAAACCAUUUUCAUGUUCAGAAUGUGGAAAAUGUUUUACUAAGAAAUCACAUCUUUUUGAACAUCACAGAACUCACACAGGGGAGAAGCCAUUUUCAUGUCCAGAAUGUGGGAAUUGUUUUGCUAAGAAAUCAGUUCUUGUUAGGCAUCAAAGAACUCACAAAGGCAAGAAGCCAUUUUUAUGUACAGAAUGUGGAAAAUGUUUUACUAAGAAAUCACAUCUUAUAGUACAUCACAGAACUCACACAAGAAAGAAGCCAUUUUCAUGUUCAGAAUGUGGAAAAUGUUUUACUAAGAAAUCAAAUCUUGUUGAACAUCACAUAACUCACACAGAGAAGCCAUUUUCAUGUCCAGAAUGUGGGAAAUGUUUUGCUAAAAAAUCAGAUCUUGUUAGGCAUCAAAUAACUUGCAAAGACAAGAAGCCAUUUUCAUGUUCAGAAUGUGGAAAAUGUUUUAAUAAGAAAUCACAUCUUGUUGAACAUCACAGAACUCACACAGGGGAGAAGCCAUUUUUAUGUUCAGAAUGUGGGAAAUGUUUUACUCAGCAACCACAUCUUGUUAGGCAUCACAGAACUCACACAGGGGAGAAGCCAUUUUCAUGUCCAGAAUGUGGGAAAUGUUUUGCUAAGAAAUCAGAUCUUGUUAGGCAUCAAAGAACUCACAAAGGCAAGAAUCCAUUUUCAUCACAGACUAUUAACCUCUUAAGGACUGAGGGCGUAUCCAUACGCCCCCGUUUUAAAGUCCUUAAGGACUGAGGGCAUAUGGAUAUGCCCGUGGGAAUUCCGGGCCCCGCCGCUCGCUGGGGGACUGGAUCCUGAAGCCUGCUGAUAUCGUUCAGCAGUCAUCCCGGCAUAUCGUCCAGUCAAUUCAGAUCGUCCAUUUGCCACUCUUCCGGGCUGAUCAGGUCUCUGAUGACCCGAUCACCCGGAAAAUAGGGAUGAUCAGAGCUGUCAGUGACAGCCCCAAUCAUCCUAACGGAUAGGAGCGAGGUUGCAGUGGUGCCACCCCCUCCUAUCCCCUGCCAUUAGUCAGCAACGACUACUGACCAAUGGCAGUUGAAGACAGGGGGUUACCAUGGAAAUCCCCCGCUCCGCCCACCCCUGGAUGUUGGGCAGAGCGGGGGGAGAAGAUGGUGGCCGGUACCUGGGGACUUUUAUGCGGUGGGGAACGCCGAUCAUCAGUGGCAUCAGUGGAGAUCAGCGGCGCCGGUAAAGAGGCAACGGUGUGGAGCAUCAAGGAAGGUUGCAGUAAAGCGAUAUUUACUGCUGACUUCUAGUGGUUGCCAAACUGCAACUCCCAGCAUGCCCAGACAGCCAAAAGCUGGGAGUUGUAGUUUUGCAACUCACAGUUUGGAAACCACUAUACAGUGGUGCCCAAACGGUAGCCCUCCAGAUGUUGCAAAACUACAACUCUCAGCAUGCCUAGACUGCCCAGGCAUGCUGGUAGUUGUAGUUCUCUGACAUCUGUCCCUUCAGAUUUUUCAAUUUUCAUCAACAUUUUGAAAAUUGCUGCUCUACUUUGAUGCCAGAAUUCACAGUAAGAUUAGCUCACUAAAACUUAGCAUUUACGAUCUAUGCAGCAGGCACGGGUCUGGAAAGUAUAUCGGUUUAGUGUGGGGCCCCAUACUAGACGUUCCCAGAGGUAUUUGAAUCCUAGUGAUGCGAUGGUUGGGAAAGGGGAGAGGG